AGUGACAACAGUGAACUGCGUGUGAGAGGUGGAGGGGCAGAUUAGGUGUUGUAACUUUGCAGUUUCCUGAUGGCGUCUGGUCCUGGCAGCAGAGCGGAGGAACAACCACCAGCACUGCCUCUCAAACAGCGCAGGAGCCAUUCCUCUAGAAACUCCAGUGUGGAGUCUGACUGUCUUAUAUUCAGCUCUGUUGGACUCCUGCAUCAAAACUACGCAUGCAACGAUGUCUUCCCCGAACCCACUGACUGUCAUGCAGCCCAGUGCCCCAUACACCAACGCUACGAUCCCUCCCGACACCUGGAGAGAUUUUUCUCAGAUGGCACCCCGCCGCCUGUUCCAAAGAAGAAGCUAGCCCGCACUGUCUCCCUCCCUGGCACCAAGGCGCCUCCACUCUGUCCUCCGUCUCCACUGCAAAGAUACCCUCAAAACUUUGACAACCCCCUGUACAUGCUGGCCCCCAUACCCAACAUCUACUUCCAUGAGGAGAUAGAAGAGUUUCAACCAAUCAGAGGGAGUCCUGUCUCCUUGCAGUCCUUCUCCCAGUUGUCCUUUGACACCCCAGAUGAGCAUCUGCCCCACCUCGUCAGCACCUUUGAUGACCAGAGGGUUGUUUCUCAGGGGAUUCAGCAUCGCCACCUUCUCUUUCUGAGAAGCAUGGCACAGAACGUGGAGGCUGGGAUCCUGCUGCGAGGAGAGGCCGCAGAGAGGGACGUCAUCUCAUACCAGCCUGAGGAUUUCCUGCUGUGUGAGGGCAGCGAGCCAAAGCAGAUCGGCGACACGGUUUACUACAGCCUGCACAGCCCCAAGCUUCCAGGGAGGAUGCUUGGUUUAAGGGCACACAAGCAGACUGACGAAGCUUCCUCGGCUCACACCAAACACCAGCCAUCGCAUGUCAACGUGCAAGAUGUUAUUACUCAAUUCCAAGCAAGCAGCACCCCGAGGAGUGAAUCUAGCAUAUUACAAAACCAAGAUCCCUUUUUUCCUCUCAAGUCGGACUGCACUGCUGCUAAAUCACCAGGUGGAGGCAGCACUGAGUGUGCCACAGAUCAUGAGAACAUUAGUCUGCCCUCAGUUCAGUCUUUCCUCCAGAGAGGCCUCUCGGUGAGCGUUGAGAGAGACUUCCCACAAGCCACUCUGGAGGACUUUGUUCAGGACAGCAGCUCGCUGCAGAGCACAGAUUGUUUGGAUUACGACAGACAGGUAUGUGCUCUGUUGCUGCAGGUAUUAAUGGGCUCACAACAUCUGUACAACAUCAGUGCCACUGCUGCUGAGCUCAGACCUCGGGGGAUCUUUUUAGUGUGGCCCAGCAGGGAGAAUGAAGAGGGAGAAAACAAGCUAGAGCAUGAUGCCUCUGAAAUAAAGAGCAGUUUCAAGACCAGCAGAUGGAAAGAUGAAAUGGAGCGGUUACAGGCGGCGAAACAAGGAAAGAUCCAGAUGUUAUGGAGGACAUAUGGCUCCCCUCGUGUGGUGUUGACCCCGCUGUCAUCUGCUCUGUCUGUUCCUAACCCCCUCACCUACAUCAAAUCCCAGAUUGGAAACCUAAUUCAAUACUGCUUCCACUCGCAGGAGAGCCAAACACCUCUGGGCUCAGCUCCAACCCUGUUCAUGUCCUCACACCGACAGGGCCUUCUCUAUCUGGCCUCUCUGCUCCAUAGUGACAGCAGCGGGCCACAGAUGGCCGACAUGGUGGCCACGCUUCAGGUGCUCCUCUGGGGGCCACGGGUCCCACUCUUCAAUCACAGAGGCUCUAUGACCACCGCCGUACACAACUGGCUGACGAUCAAGCGAGCCCUGCUGGUGAUGAAGUUGGCCGAGAGAGGGCUGAUCCAGGAUCAGUCGGUUCUCGACUGGGAGGACUGUAUGUGCCUGCAAUACCUGUCGUUUACAGACCCCGAGACAGUUGUGAGCGUGACAAGUCAGCUAUGGCUCACUCCGAAUACAGACAGUCCAUCUUGAAUUGAAGUCAUUCCCUUACGGACUCAUGCUGGGUAGUUCAAGUGCAACAUAUAUCAAUCAGCCAAAACAUUAAAACCACUGGUGUGUGUGUCAGGUGGCACCCACAUGAAUGCCAGGACCAAAGGUUUCAGUGAUGUGUGUAAGUGGUCAACUAUCAGUCUGCAUUAUGUACCAUGCUCAAAAAUACACUAAGAAUGUGCAUUUGAUUGGACUAAAAGCCAUUUCCACUCUUCCUGUUUAUAACAAUUCGAACAUUCAUAUACUGCUCUUCAUAACUUGAAACAGUGGUUCCCUGCUGGUGGGUUGUGGGUCCAUUCUGAAUGGACCGCAAGUGACUCAUAAAUGUGUCAAGUUUGUAAAAACAUACUAGAUUUUGAUGUACAGUGAAUUCCGGCACAGAGCUUUUAUUUUGAAGUGUUGUUUCCAACUGUAGAGUGAGUAGCAAAUGGACAGCUAACUGACAGAGACAGCAAACUAGCUCGAUGACAUGGACAAAUGCAACAAUGACGCUGAAUUUAUUCAGCUGUGUGGACCUUGAACUGAUGACUAUGGUGAAAUCUGUACCUCUUGACUGGACCAGUUGGGAACCACUGACGUAAAAUUAAAGAUAAGAUAAACUUCAUUGUCCUGAAUCAAAUUUGUCUUGGGCAAGAAAAAAGUGCUGCACACAGCUGCAUGACAUUCAUGUACAUAACAAUACAUAACCACAGGACAAACAAUAUGCAGUGGACAGGAUGGUAUCACAUGACCUGGACACAAAAAUUGAGGUGAAAACUCAACAUGACCAACACCAAACAUGCACAAGCUGCAGUGCUAGAGCCUGGGUCGCUAGCUGAGCAGUGCCACUGUGAGUUAUGUAAUACAAUGCUGCACUUUAAACAUGUUGCUUUAUAUUAAUCAUUCCCAGCUCCUAUUAUAAGUGAUGGAAUUGUACAUGUACAAACUAUUUUCUUCCAAAGUUAGAAUAGUUUUGGUUAUUUCAUGAAAGACUUCUUUAUAUCUCUUUGCUUUCAGGGGCUCUAAGACACAAUAUCGUUUAAAUAAUUGUACCAAAGUUGUCUUGCUUGUCCUCACUGACUCCACUGUAUCAUUACUCUUAAUAAAUCAUGAAGAUGGCUAUAACAGUGAGCCAC